AUGGGCUCAAUCGGCUACGCCACGUCCAAGGACUGGCUGGACAUCAUGAAGAACAGAUCGAAAUUGCGCAUGCACGAAUUGAUCGAGCGCUUGGGGCUGCGCGCGAAAUGGAGUCAGAACAAACGUGGCAAAACAAAUUUUGAGAGCGCGUUGGUGCGCGACCUGGUCACGGACAUGGGUGACAUCGUUGCGACAGUUCCAAAAGAGUCAGAUGAUCUAGUAAAAUUCUUAUCUGCUGAGAAGAGCCUGAACGAGCAGGUAGAGGGCUUGUUGCAAAAGCAUGGCUCUGCGAUAUGGGGAAGAGUGGGCGAUAGGGAACACCUAAUCAGCGUUGGUGAACCCGGAGUUGAAGAAGAGCUAUAUCCUAGAGAUCUCUAUUUCGAAAAUGAAGAAGACCGUGAACAAAUACGGAUAUUACUACAUUGGUGGCUUGGAAUGAAAGCUAUCAAUGUCAUCCUGGCCCGCGAUAGACUGGAUCGGGAACGGAAAAAGAAAGAGGAAAACAAAAGAGCCAGAAUCGAGAUGGAAGUCCCACAAGAGGGCGUAAGCUCAGCUUUCGUCCCCUUGGCACCAAACUCAGGUGUACCAGCACCCUUGAAUACGAAUAUUCCUCCCGUACCAGUUGCAGAGCACCCUCGGCAUGUGCAACUCUACAAGGCGGAAACUACGUCGCGAGGCAGUCCGAUAUCAGUGGCCGUCAGCACCCCGCCAGAGUCGAGUCAGAGUCCAAUAGGCCCAGCGCAAGGCCAGCUAGGCGGUGGCCAUUUUGCGCCGGUGAACGUACACUCGUCGCACCCUUCGCAAGCACAAAACGUGGUGGAUGGGGUUUGGAAUCGUCUUGCCGAAGUGGGCAUCCACGGAUCGCGCAAUGGCAGCAUGUCAUCCCAGGCAACGCCAGUAGCAGGGGUGUCCGUUGCAGGCAUCCGUCAACUAGGCGCCGAGAUUUCUCAACUUGUGUCAGAUCUUACACCGCAAGCUACUGCCACAAACGGGCAUUGUGCUGUUCCGGCCGUGCCCCCAGAUGCGCAACGCAACGCGGUGCCGUACCCGGGUCUCGACGUGGAGACGCUGUAUGCUCUACGCGAUUACAUGUACCAAGAGAAGACCGAGGUAGAGUGGGAAGAAGAGGCACUGCUCCGGCGCCUUGAAACGACGUGGAGAGAUGGCGUGCGGUCAGAUUACAAUCGCAUGCUCGAAAACGUACCCGCGUUUAUCGCGCGAGAACGCGCGUUCCUUACCUGGAUCGAGCUAAAACGGCAUUUGGCCGACCUUCAGCGCGCUGGCACUCGAUGGGGCGAGGAAGGUACUACAGCACCCGAGAUCGAGCGCCGCAUUGAGCAGCACCGCACGCUGAUGGGCGCGACUCGCGAGAUCAUCCGCAGCUUCGAGGACAUCGCGCAGGUGGCCGGGGCGGGAGCGGACCACGACGAGCUGCUGCGACAAGCCUUGGUGGUAUUGGCAGGGAACAAGUACGCGGUGGAGCUGCAGUGGAAGAGCGUGGAAUUUGUUGGGCUUAUGCAAUGGCUGGCCAAUGCUCUGGAGAAUUACGAGAAGGAGCAGGAAGGCGACACGGUGUACUAUUUCUCGUAG